AGCAUUAUUAUUAUGCAGCUGAUCUCACGAUACCCGUUAGACAAUCUAGUAUCCACUCCAAAGCUAUCCGGCCAACGCUUUUAAAACAUGCAUAUAGUACACUUAAAAGCUUACAAAAAUGGUUGAAAAUCACCAAUGAGAUUCUCAAAACGCAGACUUUUAAAAUAGAAUGGAAUAAAUUUAUUGUUAAAAUCCAACCAAUUGCCCAAGAAAUGCAAAUUUCCCUUUUAGAACAUGGUGAUCCAUUAACAAAGGUCCAGAUUAAUGCAUCUCUUAUAAAACAACUCUAUCAUGCAUUUACAGUAAAAACUUGA